GGGCGGCGGGCUGGGCAGCAUGAGUCAGCAGCGGCCGGCGCGGAAACUGCCCAGCCUGCUCGUGGACCCGGCCGAGGAGGCGGUGCGCCGCCGGUGCCGAGACCCCAUCAACGUGGAGGGCCUGCUGCCAUCAAAAAUAAUGAUUAAUUUAGAAGAUAAUGUACAGUAUGUGUCCAUGAGAAAAACUCUAAAAGUGAAGAGACCUCGUUUUGAUGUAUCACUGGUUUAUUUAACACGGAAAUUUAUGGAUCUUGUCAGAAAUGCUCCUGGAGGUAUUCUUGACUUAAACAAGGUUGCAACAAAACUGGGUGUGCGGAAACGGAGAGUGUACGACAUCACCAACGUCUUAGACGGGAUCGACCUGGUUGAAAAGAAGUCUAAGAACCACAUUCGAUGGAUCGGGUCUGAUCUGAGCGAUUUUGGAGCAGUGCCCCAGCAGAAGAAGCUGCAGGAGGAACUUUCUGACUUAUCAGCGAUGGAGGAAGCUCUGGAUGAGUUAAUUAAGGAUUGUGCUCAGCAGUUGUUUGAGUUAACAGAUGACAAAGAAAAUGAAAGACUGGCGUAUGUGACAUACCAAGAUAUCCACAGCAUCCAAGCCUUCCACGAACAGAUUGUCAUUGCAGUCAAAGCUCCAGCCGAAACCAGACUGGAUGUUCCAGCUCCCAGAGAAGACUCGAUCACAGUGCACAUACGGAGCACCAAGGGGCCCAUCGACGUCUAUCUGUGCGAAGUGGAGCAGGAUCACUCAAGCAGUAAGGUGUCUGGAGGUGCAGGAGCCUCGUCGUCUAAAAGCAAACACCCGGAAAACCCUGAUAAAGAAGAAAACCCUCCACCACAGAGUGAAGAAUUGCUUGCAGUGAGUAAGUGAGAGGAUUUGAGAAUCCGUGUUGAGUGUUUUUGGAGCAUCCUGUGGAUGAUUACGCGUCAAGUUUGAUCUCAGAGCAAUAAAUCACCGUGAAGUCCCCUCCUCAGCCAGUAGCAGCAUUAAGCCAGUAGCGUCUGAGUAGUUCACUACUUAAAUUCCUGGAUUCUUAUGGAUCAUUAUGGUUUCUGCAUUCGAGAACAAAUUUUAUACUUCACUGCUUUUUGUCAGUGAAAUCGCUGUCCUGCCUACUGAAGUAACCCAUCUCAGAGAGUAUCACUGAAAGAUGGUCAGGCCUAGAGUGGACAGUCCUUUGUGGACUCUGCCCUUCCUUCCAGGGUCAUGUGUCGUCACAAGCGAUUGCCUUAUACGAGCUCGUGUCCGCAGUUAGCUGCAGCACACCGAAAGGGUGCACACACCGCCUAAUGUGAUGUUUCUGUAUAUUGUGUGAUGUUUAGAUUACUUGUGUGUGUCUAAGUGAAUCUUCUCACUGUUGUAUAGCCAAAGUAAUGUAUAUAUGGAAAUUAAUGGACAAAUUCUCUAAUUUCUGUGCUAUCUGUAACUUAUUAGAAUCCUCUGAAUGAGGGUUAGAGGCGAGUUUUUCCAAACUUCUACAUGUAGAAGUAUCUUACAUAUGCUAUAACACACCUAAAGAUCAUGGGUUUAAAGAAUCUCAGUAUGAGUCCCAUUGCUGGAAUUGGAUUUUAAGUGACCUACAGUUAUUGUGUUCGAGCAGACCCGUGGCAUGCCCCAAGCCUUUAGGGACAAGUGUAGAAAUGUCACCAGGUAGUGGCUUAAUUGAGUAUAAGACAUGCAUUCAGUUGCGGUGUCAGUUGGAAAUUAUUUUAACCUUUUUGCCAGCAGGCUUUGUGAUAAAGUUUCUGUGUGCAGCCUUGCUUUUCAGUCAAAGGGGUCACUUAGGAGUUAGUUGUACCCUGCCCUCUCUCCAGCUCUAGUCCCCUAGUCCCCAUCUCCAAGCACCUAGCUAAUUCUACCUCACUGGGUCAAUCAUGUACCGCUCUGUGCCUCCGUUCACUCAGUAAGUAAUUUACCAUUAGACUGUGAGCUCCCUAAGGGACUUCGUCUUAAUCUUUGUUAUGCCCAGAGCCUCGCAUCAUGCCUGGCACAUAAAAAGUGCUCAACAAGUGUUUGAACAAAUCAGCGAGUGAGUGAAUUGUAAAAUCAGACUAAUACUCGGCUUGUCUACCAUACAGGAUUCUUGUGAGCAUCAUUCAGAUUUAUAUUUUAAGUCUCUUGCUUUCAAAGAAAAAUUUGAAGCAACUUGAAAUUAAGAUCAUAUAUUAAAAGACUUAAAACAGGAAUCAAAAAUCAAAAUACUGGAAAAUAGCUCUGAGUGUUUGGGACUCCCAUACCUCUGCGCUGCAGCAGCUUGGCCAGUCCGGUCCCUCUGCGGCGCCCGCCCCUCCCUGCGAGCGCCCGCCGGUCUCCCCAGCCUGGGAUGCUGGCAGCGCUCCUCGCCGGGGCCCGCGGGAACCGAGACUGGGGCGGAGUGUGUGUAGACAGGUGCUCGAUAAGAUCUAGGAUCUGCGGAGUAGAAUUGGCAGUGUCUGUAUGUGAUGGCCAGACCAGGAGGGGAUGCGGUCAUCUUAUGAGGUGUAUGAGCAGGAGAGGCCCACAAACAUCUGUGUUGAAUAGGAAACAGGUAGGAAAGCCUUCCUGAGGAGGAAUAAUGCAGGGAGGGAGAUAAAGAAUGUAGUCCCCCAAAACCAACAGAGGAAGCAUGGCCAAAGGUGAUAGCAUUGUUUUUGAGCAGCAGUUCCUUACUUGUGAAACGUGACAGAUGUUCAGCUUUACAGCGUGGUCCGAGGGUAAAAUGAGAUCAUGUGAACAAAGGUUCUUUGCAACCACAGACGUGUUCUAUAAAGGAGCAUUUCCUGUCACUCCGUCUUCUGGUGUCUGGUGUCUUCUUUUCACAGCUGCCUCAGCAGCCACGAACUAGCUCCCAGCUCUGUCCCCCAUACCCUGACGUCACUGCCCAUCCAUCUCUGUGGUCUGUCCUUCCGUGUCACUAACCCCAUUCAGAAACCUGGAGUGUCCCCAUGUUUCCUUCAGGCUGAUGUCCAGGCUCCCGAUACAGAAGGCCUCCGGGCCUGCCCCAGCCUAGCUCUGCAAUCUCGUGGCUCGUGCAAGCCCUCCAGCCAAACCACGCUGGCCAGGUCACGGUGCCUGAAACCCACGGCAUUCCCCAUCACUGUGCCUUUGCUGUCCUCCUGCCUGGAGUUGGCUUCUGCUUUCAAAACGAUGUCCCCGUUCUGUACCCAGCUUGGAGCCGUCUUGCACCUCCAGCGUGCCUGCAGGCCACAG